AUCCCGUUGUGACACGUAACAAAGUCUAGGAAAAGUACCAAGCAAACGAAAACAUUCCUGUCAGCCCCCACAACUCACGAAGCUCGAACGUUAAAUACCAAAUAGUGUGCUAUUGUAUUCUCAGUCUGCCACUCCCUACUCAGAAAGUCAACAAAGUGUUCCUUUCUCUGCAACUCUCUCUGAGAGAUCAAUCUAUCAAAGAAAUUUCGGAGGCUUUUUUGCACCAAAAUCAUGAUAUUUGUUGGUGGGGUCCCAUUUUCAUCUUCGUCUCAGGGAAAUACCCUGGUUGCUUUGAUGGAAGACCCUAUUUUGGUAUCUGCCGCAAAUUCAUUCAAGGCUAUUCCAGAGAGGAAGUUCUCAGUUUAUGAAGAGUCUGGCAUGGAUAGAUUGACGAAGAAUAAAUGGGUUUAUCUGUUCCAAAGAGAAUAUGGAACUGUUGACCCUGCAUUUGUUGAUUUUGUUGGCACUGAUGAAGCAACAACCUGUGUGGGCAUUGUUAUUCGCAACAAGAAAAAUGGAAUGACGUCAGUUUCUCAUAUGGAUUCUCCAAAUAUUGUGGACAUGGGCCUCUCCCAGAUGUUAUUGCAUGUUGUUGAUCACAAUAUGGAUGCUGAGUUGGAUGUACUUUCUGUGCAUCUUGUCGGUGGCUUUGAAGAUGUUUCACCAAAUUAUGUUUACUCUAGCACUAGAUCAGAAAGCCAGGAACAGUUGGAUGGUCAUUCCUUUCCAUUGUGUGCCAAAAUAGUUGAAGCUUUGUUCACAAGACCAGAGAAUUUUCAUGUUCAGACUCUCUUUGUUCUUGGGCAUAACACCAGAAGGGAUUCCGAAGGGAAUGCAUACCCCAUUUUCCAUGGUUUAGUGGUAGAAACUUCCACUGGAUUAGUUACCCCUGCCUGUUUUGAUAGAACUUCAAGAUGUCCGGAUGAGAUUGUUAGGAAAAUUCGAGUAACAUCAGCCUAUGAGGACCCCAGUUGGAGUGGCAAGUUGCUUGAGACAUAUGAUACUCAAACUGAUCAAUUCAGAAUUGCUUCAUGCUGCUGGAGCUUUCGCCAAAAAUAUAUUUCUUUGACACUACAAAGUCUUUCUGAUUCAGAAAUUCUCCUCAGAUGUUCCACUUCUCCUUCUGCUGAGGCCCCAGAUUUUGUGGAUAAUUUAAGAAGGAAAUGGGAGUAUCUGAUUGAACAUCCAGAUUGGAGAGAAACCUUUCCUAGGAAGCAGCCACGAGUCUUCGAGAGGACGGGGGAUGGAGGUUGGAAAAGGUGCUGAUUACAGCUAUGAAUUUUUUGGCACAACCUUUAUGAACAACCAUAUUGGAGAGAAACCUUUCCUAGGAAGCAGCUAUGAGUCUUCGAGAAGGCCGGGGAUGGAGGAUGGAAAAGGUUGUGCCAAGAACCUCAUAAAGGUUGUGAAAAACUUCAUUUGAAUAUUUCCCAUUUGGAAAUUGACUUUUUUGUUUGGGUCAAGAUCAUAGUGAUUCUUCCAAGCACCUGAGAAACUUGCACAUCUUUAGUUCGAAGAUGACUUUGUAUAGUGACAUUUCUGUUGUUGCACAAAAUCCAAUCUGAACUGUCAUCUUGUUCUAGAUUAAACAAAUUGGUGUGCUAUUUUUCUGAGGUUGCCAAACUGGGUAUGCAAAUCAUUCAGUACAUUGAUCUAAUAUGUGACUGGUAUGUUUCAUUUGAAUUGAAGAUGUGAUUCCAGUAA